AUGUGGGUCCAAGCUCCUCGCCGCUUUUCGGCAAAAAAGUCGGAGCGAUUCGCAGAGCGACUUUCCAUCAUCAACCAUCACCUUCAACUCGAUCCCCUCCGUUAUCCCUAUCCAACACCGCCCAAAAUGGUCAAGCUCACCGAGGUCGAAGACGAGCACUUCUCCGAGAAGCCCUCCACCACCAAGGACGAUGCUCUCCUGGUCUCCGACGAUGACGAGGACUACUCAGACACUGACUCCGAGAUCUCCAACGAUGAGGACCUCGAGCUCGAUGCCGAGUCUCUCUACGAGCGUGUCGCUGCCCUGAAAGACAUGAUCCCCCCCUCCGCCCGCCGCACCAUCACCAACUCCGUUUCUUCCGUCACAUCCCUCACAAAGGCUAGCUUGUCUUUCUCCGGAAAGGCCCUCUGGGUUAUCAGCACCAGCGCUUUCUUGCUCGGUGUUCCUUUCGCUCUUGCUUACGCCGAGGAGGAGCAGUACAUCCAGAUGGAGCGUGAGCAGGGUAUGAUCAAGGGUGCUAACGAGAUGCUCACUCCCGGCACCGAGCUCGAGAAGGAGGCUCAACCCACUCUGUAA